CCAGGGUUUUCGUUGCUCGGUCGGCAGCAGUUGCGGGCAGUUGUAGGCAUUUAACGAAGGAGGACGGCCGUUUGGUGAGGAGAAUGAACACGUGAGGUCGGAAAAGGAGAGAGAGAGGUAGAGAGAGAGAUAGAUAGAUAGAUAAGAGCAAAUAAAAGUGGGUGAGAGGAAGAAGAGAAGAUAGAAGAAGGGGCGGAAGGAGGAAGCGAAGGUAGUUUGAGCGUCUAUCACGUAUGUUCGUAUCACCAUUCUACGUACCGGCGACAAAACGAAGAAGAAAAUUAGUAUUCCGUUUGGUGAAAAUUUUAAGGACGUCGAAAGAUCGCGAAGAGCAACGUACAACGGUUGAUUAUUUUCGUAAUAUCGAUCGAGAAACUUUUCACCUUUGCAUGCAUUCCCAAUACCCUUUCUCUUCGUUUUCUUUCUAUAAUCAGUAGUUCCGUUGACCGAUUCGACCGAUUCUAUAUCUUUGUCAUUGGAGUUCCUCUUAACGUGUUUCGAUUGGAUUGAAAAAAAUAAAAGAUUUCAACGAAUUCCUGGGAAAAAGGAAAAGGAGAAGGGGAGAGAGAGAGAGAGGAGGAGGAGGAGGAGAAGGAAGAGAAAAACGCUUUAGUGGGAUCGAUAGAUCGAGCGUAGGGGCUACAACACUGUGACUCGCGAUCGUGGGUGUGGGUGUUGGGUGCGAGUGUGCUUUCCCAGCCGCGUGUGCCUGCUUAGGUGCGUGCGUGCGUGCGUGCGUGAGUGCGUGCGUGUGUGUGUGCGUGAAGAGAAGAGGAGGCGACGCGUGAAGACGAGGACGACAACAACAACGAAGACGAGGACGACGGCGGCGACGGCAGCGGCAGCGGCGGCAACGACGACGACGGCGGCGGCGGCGACAACGAGGAGGACAACCACGACGACGAUCAAGACGACUACUACUACUAUUAAAGGUGGGACAAAGCGAGCAGUAUCUGCUUCGAAAGGAAGAAAAAGGAAGAAAAGCGUACACCUUUUUAGAAGAGGGAUCGCACGUUUUUGCAGGAGCCGACGGGAUGGAAGGUAGUUCUCAGCCACCGCCGUCGUCAUCGGAUAUAAUGAUGGGAAAGGAGAACGAGGAAGAAUCAAAGAUAUGUAGAAACGUCGAAAAGUCUGCUGCUGCCGCCGCCGCCGCCGCCGCCGCUGCUGCUGCAGCUGCCGCCUUGGUGGUGACCUCCUCUUCUGUCUCGUCCUCCUUCUCGUCCUCCACCUCGUCCUCCACCUCUUCUUCCUCUUCCGUCUCGUCUUCGUCACUAUCCUCCGCCUCUUCUACCUUCUCCUCGUCUUCAUCUUCUUGCUUCUCCUCCUCUUCCUCCUCCUCCUCUUCCUCCUCCUCAUCCUCUUCCAUAUCCUACUGGUCAAAUUCACCUGAUGCAACGUUACCGAACGAACCGGACUAUCGUGGCCGGGCUUCAAAUCUAAGAUCUAAUUCUUCUUCCCCGAUCCCAACCACAUCUCCGUCCCCGCCAGGGUGUGGCUGCGUCGCGGCCGCAGCCGUCGAACCCGACGAGAUCACGAUCAGCAUCACCCCGACAACUGGUGGACAAUUUGAUCUUACGGUCGAUCGUUCCGAAACUAUCGAAAAUCUUAAGAAGAUCAUUUCAAAGAGACUCAAGGUCGCUAAAGAACGCAUCUGUUUGUUGCACCUCGAGAGACAGCUACGCGAUGGAACUCUUGAGGAAAAUCGUUUGCAAGAUGGAAGUAGACUCACAUUAUUGCCAAGUGUGGAAACAGGAUUAUUGGCACAACGCCCAGAGCAAAGCGUAAUGCAAGCAUUGGAGAGUUUAAAUGACUCGCAGGUGAACGACUUCUUGUCUGGAAAGGCACCUCUAAAUCUGACGAUGCGGUUGGGCGAUCACAUGAUGCUGAUUCAACUGCAGUUAUCGACGGUGAGAGUGCCUUUACCAGGUAGCAAUCAAACGAACGGCAGCGGUACUACUAGCUUGACCGUCGGCGGAAACAACGGCGGUGGAAACGGACCGAAUCUUUCGACGAAUCACGUUUCGCCCUCACUUCAAAGUAGGCGAUCAACGGUGUUGGCGGCACGUUCUACAGCGAGUUCUACGGCGAAACUUCAACGAGGAAGCGCAGCAGCCCGUACGUCCUCCCUCGUAAGCCGUUUGGCAUCGGCUUUACAUGCUGCGGCGAGCUGCAGCACAAGUUUAUCGACAGCGACCAAAACGACAAGUUCAGUCUGUUCCAGUCGCGCUACCACUGCGUUUUCGGCUACCAACUGUUCGAGUAUGUGCCAGUCUCGACUUCUCUAUCAUCAUCAUCGUUACCACAAUCAUCAUCAUCAUCAUCACCACCACCAUCACCGCCAUCAUUCGAGGUAUAAGCCAACUUGUACCUCAUCCUGUACUUCUCCCUCCCCUUCAACGUCCUCCCCCUCUUCUUUUUCUUUUUCCUCUUCUUCUUCUUCCUCCUCUUCCUCCUCCUCUCUACCCUCAUCUCUCGCCUCAUCCUCAUCUCUCUCCUCACCCUCCGGCACCAUCUCCUCUUCUUCAACCACCUGCUCCACUACUACUGCCGCCGCCGCCGCCGCCGCAGCCGCAGCCGCAGCCGCUGCUGCUGCCGCUGCCACUAACGCUGCCACUGCCGCCGCCACCGCUGCAGCCGCCGCCGCUGCUGCUGCUGCUGCUACUGCUGCCGCUGUUGCUACCACUACUACUACUACUACCUCAUCCUCGACCAUUUCCAUCGACCAUUUGCAACAAUCUACCUCCAUCAAUUACACUUGCUCUGAGUCAACCUCCUCGUCGUACGACUCUACGACGCCAGCGAGCAAAAAGCUUUGCACCGCUCAUCACGUGCAUCAAUCGACGCUCGAAACAUCGAAGAGAAACGGAGAGGAUGGCACGGAUAUAACGACGCAGACUUCUCCUCUACCCUCCCUCAUGGACAAAAGUGCCAAGCUCGCCCUAGACACCCGAGCGUUAGCCGAGGCAUCCCGUAAUUUGACGCAGAAACUGAAGCAGCUCUCCUCUGAGGAAAAUGCGAGACACAGGCAAGGAGCGAUGAUAGAGAGUAUGCAUCAUCAUGGGAAGGGAGUAUAUUCUGGAACCUUCAGUGGGACCAUUAAUCCAGCGCUUCAGGAUCGACAUGGUCGUCCCAAACGAGAUAUUAGUACUAUUAUUCAUAUUUUAAAUGAUUUGUUAUGCGCUACACCUGCCGCUACAGCAGGACAUUAUAGGCAUCAUCAUAGGCAUUCGAAUAGCCGUCAACAAUGUCCUUCUUCAUCUAAUGGAGCACCAACUUCAGGAACUGGAACUUCUGUUGGUGUAGGCUGUCAUGAUUCAAACACAUCAGGACAUUCUUUGGAAGAAUUAUCGAAAGAAAACGAAGCUACUAAAGGAAAAAUGCGGCGUCUGCGUUUAGUCAUGGAACAACGUCGUACUAAAAGAAAAGCUAGACGGGAAGCACGUGCAGCACCGCAUGCUCCACAGUGGGCUGCUAUGACACCCGAUCCUAUUUCAAAUCAUGAUGCAAGUGCUACAACAGCAUCUGCUUCGAGCAACUCCAAUACGGCUGAAUCGCAAAACGAACCGGAACUUCAACCGUGUAGUCCCGAACCAGUUGUUGCUUGAAUUUAUUAUUAUUAUUAUUCUUUUUAUUAUUAUUAUUAUUAAUUAUUAUUAUUAUUAUUCAAAUUCAUCCUAUAAUAUUAGUACUUUUGGUUAAAUAAGUAUAACGAGCCUCGUUGGAUAUAUCACACUGAUUUAUUACUGUAGGUGUUGGAGCCCUGAUUGAUUGUUAAUUUGAAGCGUCAUGUACAUAUGUAUCUAUUAAGUUUUGCAAACGAGUUAACUCGUUAUUUCUAAAAUACGAUUUUUAUAAAUAACGAGAUGACAUAUUGGAUAUUGUUAUGUAGCUCGCGGAUUUAAAUGAUUAUCUAUGUUUUUUUACACUUUUUAUAUAAGAUCGAGAAAACACAUCACGAUUGAUGUAUUUGCACUUUGCUAUUGUUACGUUAGUUUCAAGGCGAAUGCACAAACAGUCAAAUCGUUCGAUCUUUUGUUUCUUUUUUCUUUUCUCUCUUUCUUUCUUUCUUUCUUUUUUAGAAAUUUAAUAUGUUUAUUAUUAUUAAAUUGUAACGAGAGAGAAAAUUGGGAGUACUCAGGACUCGACUGUAGUUGACAAUAAUUGUAUCUUGCUGAUUGAUAAGUCAGUGUGAGACCAGUAUACACUCGAUCAUGUCAAUAACACGAGAACGAUCGAUUUAUAAAAAAGAAAUGUUGUAAGAUUUUAUUGAAAAUGGGAUGGUAUUUCAGCUAGAAUGUUGUCGCCGGUAGAGAGACUAAAUACUUCUUGGAUAAUGGAAAAAAAAAAGAAAACUAUAUUCGCAUCAUUUUAAUCGUUAUUAUCAGAGUUACUACUCCAUGAUGUGUACGCGUAUGAUUAUACUUUUACUAUUGGCAUAUAGAGAAGUUUUGUAUGACGGAAGAAUGAAAUUUCCUACGUAAGUAUAAACAAUAUACGCGCUGAGAGUAACUGUUUCAAAAGCAAUAUAUCGUCAAGACUUCGUUGAAAAUAGAAAUCUUGCAAAACGAAAGACACUCGUUAUAGCGUGACUUUUUAUUAUGUAUAUUUCAAUUCAAAGAAACAACUUCAAAAGCCAAUUUGUAUUUUCAGAAGACAUUUACAAAUUGUUUCUAUCUUUAAUCGCAAUAAUUUGUAAGUAGGAUAUAUAAGCACUAUUUUAACGUCACUUUCGUUUAUUCUUUCAAAUAUAUUUUAUUUAAUUAGAAAAAUCAUAUCAGCCAAUUAUAAUAUUGCAUACGAAUGAUUAAUUUAAAUAUUUACAGAAACAUCAGUAAUAUAACUAUUUCAUAUAAUCCGAAGAGAAAGAGAAAGAGAAAGAGAGAGAGAGCGAGAGAGAGAGAGAGAGAGAGAGAGAGAGAGAGAGAGAGAGAAAGAGAAAGAGAGAGUCAGUCAGUCCAAUCGAGCACUUAAAAUGGCAUUAAAUUACUGUGCAUAUGUGGUGGUUAGAUCGAGCCAUUUCUCUAUAACACCGAGUCACGCGCGUUAUUACUCUUUCUAAGGAUCAUUCGUGCAUUGUAUUAUUCAAUGUAUGAUUGAAAUAAUACGUGAUCCUAUAGUUACAAUAAGAUGAUCCUAAAUGCAUGGUCCUAAUGCUACUUUGUUUAAUUUGUUUACGUUUGUUAGGUACUAAAUAGUAUAUCAUCUACUGAUAGUAUAUUGUGUUAGAUUACUUAGGGAAAAAAAAGAAAAGUUAUAUUAUAAUUAUUACUAUUAUAUUAUCAUUAUUAUUACUACUACUAUUACAGUUUUACACAAACUGGCUCAAUACUGUAACAUAAAAUUAUUCAACUUUAUCGAGUACCAAAAUAAACGAAAUUGCUUGAUAAGUUAAAAUAAUGUUUAACUAUCAUGCCUUCUUAAAUUUCUA